AUGGUUUGCGCCCCGAGCGGAAAGGACGUGAUGUGGUGGACUGGGCUUACCGAGCCUCCAUCUGACAUUCUUGAUUUGUUGGAGUUCUUGAUCAGUCGUUUCAGCAACGUCGAUGAGGCCUUCCGCAAGAUCAUAAACACGAGCGACACGAAGACACCGCUCAUAACUUUACGUGUCUUCCAAGCUGCGCUUGUGGCCUUGGACUGCGGCAAAUUCAAAGGUCCAGAUGAGAACCAGCGCUUGGCGGCAAUCUUUCGGUACCUUGAUCCCGGAGGAGAAGGCAGCAUCUCGCAAAACGAAUGGCGUGUUCUGGGUCAGCUCUGGAAUGAGUUCGACCUCACGAUCCGCGAGUUCGUCCAGUUCCUGCAAAUAGCUUUCGGUGAGGACCUUCAAGAUGCCUGGGAGGCCCUGGAUGACGAUCAGAGUGGCGAGCUCUCAGAGGAAGAAUGGUUCGAGGCUGUUGAGAAGAUCGGCUACUUUGGUCCGGCAAGGGUGAUUUUCGCUCUGCUCGAUGGAUCCGAUGACGGCGACAUCUCUGUGAACGAGUUCCAGGUCCUGGAGAAGUACAAGCCGAAGCCGAAAGCAUGA